CUUUCUAAAUUCUAGCUGCAUCCAUUCUACUAUACUGCUUGCACUGUAUUAAUAGUGACACGGACGUCUGGUUAGGUCGCCAUUGAUAAGAAAUCGAAUGUUGUUACCUCAGGCUCAGAUUUUGCUUUCAAACUCCAUGCUUUAAGCGGCUGAUUGAGGAACAUGUCUCGGUUAUAUGAUAAUCAGCCGUUGCAGUCAGUCCCCGUGGAAAAUCACUUGUGGAAGGGACAGUGGUACCCGGAAGUCCACAGUGGUCCAGGAGUUCUGUUAGAUGGAGUGCUUAAUGCAAGGUCCAAGCAUAUCAUCACAGACUCAAACCAGAAAAAGUCCAGGUAUGUGGUGCUUCACAUAACACCAACAGUUGCACACCGACGCAAGUUUGACAGCAAAGGAGUUGAAAUUGAGCCAAACUUCAGUGACACUCAAAAGGUCAACAAGGGUCAUCUAAUGUCAUCUUACAAAACAGAAGCAAAAGGGAAAACGGACAGGCUGUCAACUCCCGAGCUGAUAUCAGCUGUCAGCAGGCAAGACUUGAGCAGCCUGACGUCCAAGUACAAUAAAGAAGGAUGUGUAGCUUUGUGGGCUACGGAGGAGCAGCUGGACAAGAUGGAGCUAGAGAACGGAGACACCCUGAGGCUGAAGACAACGGGUGAUUGCCCAUUCAUUUUUUCACUGGCCAAACUGGACACUGUGACAAGCCGAGUGUCCAACUAUGCUGGAGGGGAGACAGUGGGGUCCUCUUGGACCGAUAAGGUCAUGUCCAUGAAGUCGCAGGAUUCACCUGAACCACAAGAUGGUGGUGGAGCUGAGGACGAUGAAUGGGAUGACUGAAGAAAUGCCUGGAUAAAUAACCUAAGGCAGCCACACUUCGAUUCCUCAUUUGGGAGACUGUGAUAUCAUUUACCAUACAAAAAGUGUGCUUUCUUUCCAUCAGAAAGAAGAAUAAUGACCUAAUUGGUUGUUCGUUAUCUAAAAUGCCACUUGAGAAAAUUUCCAGCCUUAGUCUGCCAGUAAAUAAUUUAGAACCCUCUUUUUUCAGGGGUGUGUUUUGAAAAGGGCUACAUAGUUUUGACAUAAGCCUGGUCCGUUCUUGCUGAGGGAUAUUGGACUAGUCCUUUGCAGCAGUUGGAAGUUUUCUAAGCUUUUCUUCAAAUCCAAACUGUGCUGAGUGCAACAAAAUCAAAGACUUUGUUGGAUUUAACAAUCAACACAUCUGAUUGGGUAAGGUCACUGCAUGAAGACUGCUGCUUGACUAGUUCAUUGCAAUGAAAUCCACCAUUGCAUUCUGUUGCAGUGAGCGGCCUUUUCAGUUCUUUGGAUGUAAUAUUUUGCUGCAUUUAGUAGGGUGGCUAAUUCCAAUCUGAAUAGGGAUAAGAAAUGUUUCAACUUCUUGGAAUAGGCAAGACUAGUUUCUCAAUUGAACUGUUUGAACAACUCUCAGCAAAACCUUCGAGUUACUCUUCACAUCUGAAAUCAAAAUUGAAAUUGUUCCUUCUCAAAGGGUAGAAAGUCUUUUGCAAAUUGCUGUGGUGAGAAUCACUGUCAAUUUUCUUACUUGCAUGGCAUUUUUAGAGAGUGAUAAAAAGUACAGGUGUUUAUGAAAUCUCCCUAUGAAUAUUAAUGGAAUUUAUGUGUACAAAGUUCAAUUCAGAAAUUGUUUAUUAAUAAUCUAUAUUGUAGUUGUUUAAAAUUGCUUCCGAUUUCUCCUACCAGUUUCCAGGAAAAUAUACUCAAAGAGGCAGUUUACUGCCACUGUGCAUCAUUCUACAGUGAAGUAUGGAGCCAUGCAGUGACUCCUCAUCAAUGACCUUAUAAUUCUGGGAAAAAAGCAAUGUAAAUUUUUCAUUUUACUUCAUCUAGUACAUAUAGAAACACAAACACAGCUCAAGGAGCUUUGACACAUUAUAUAACAAAAAUCCAUUUCUAUUUUUAUAUGCAUUAAAUGAUAUCAUUUCAACAUUGUCAUUGUGCACAAUACCGAAUGUAUUAAAUGAAUUAUUUAACCCUAACAGUCCUCAAUCCUCCAACAGGUGAAGGAUUGAGGACUGUUAGGGUUAAUUAAGCCAAUUUUUCGAAAUUGAAUAAAUAAAGGUCUAUUUCCACUGACUUGUAUAUAGA